AUGGCUACGGUGAUCGGUGGUAUUUCCCGGCUCUUUCAGCCGACAAUUGCAGUACUCUCAGCGGAGAAGAUAUGCCAGGGUACCAACCCAUGGUACUUCCUUAUUGGCCUUCGCAUGGUGACUUUAUUUUUUGCUUACGGGCCUUGGGAUUCCCUCAAGGCCGACCUGGUUUGCCGUUGGCCCUCCAACAUUGGGGAUGGAAAUAAAUUUUGUUCAGCCAUUUGCUAUAACCAGCGAUUCCCUGUCCCCAUCUCUGGCUUCUGGGUUUUCCACUUCAUUGCCAUCAUCUUCACCGUAGCCCUCCUGAAGUUUGUUUACGUUACAAAGAAAAGCCCCACAGAUAAGGAUGCAGAAGCUGCCCGAAGGCCCAAGCCCACAUCAGGAACCGAAAGUUCUCCCAGAGUGGGGGAAGGGUUUGGGGGCUGGAGAUACGGGAUCUACAUCUUCUGCAUUGCCCUCCUUCUAGCAAUCGAUGUCGCCUUCAUCUGGACACUUCUGGGCUUUCAGUUACCCAACUUGAGUCAAGAGGUCACAACUUGCUACCCUAAUGACCCAGCCUGUCCUGCCACAGCCCAGUGUGCUGUUACUGGUGUCAGUGACAAGAGGGCCAUCCUCUGGGUUUUGGCCUUUUGCUCAGCAGCCAACAUCAUCUUCUGCAUCGGUGUGCUGUCUGCACAGUGCUGUCAAUCCUGUGGUUUAUGCAGAGGCCCAGAGAAGGCCAAACCAGCAGAAUAUGGCUGCCAUUAUCAUGAUGCAGGGUGCCAUGGUUGCCCAGGUGACUGCGGUAAAUGGACAGAGGUGCUUAGCAACCGCGAGGUAGUCCAGGCAGGGUCAGCAAAGUGUGGAUGCCAGCCAGGAGGAGUCAGCUGUUGCUGUCACCAAGGCAAUGAGGGAAGCAAGGGCGUGGCCUGCGGUUGCCAGGACAACCGGCUUUGUCCCUGCUUCUUCCAGGGAAGUGACACAGGGCUGUCUUCCCUGACAGGCAGGGAGGAUUCAGAUGGGAAGCUCUUAAGAGGAGACACAGAAAUAGGGGGAGAAAGGAAAAAGUGGGGAGCAAUGGAGAACUGGAUGCAGCUGAACGAGCCUGUCAAGAUGGAGGCACAGAGGGGCCAAGGCAGCCCAAGGGGGGGCACCGCAGUAAAAAACAUGGGCAAAUAUCAGCUUCGGAGAAACUGGAGGUUGUAG